AUGGGGCAUUUAUAAAAAUUCCAGGCUGCAGGAAACAAGAUGAAAGAUGACAAGCUGAAGCUGUCGCUCUCCAUGAAGGUUGUUAACCAAGGCACCGGAAAAGACCUCGAUCCAAACAACGUUUCCCUUGAUCAGGAUGAGCGGAAAAAACGCACGUUCAGAGACUACACGAGUCAGAAGAUCACGCUUGAAGCUGUCCUGAACACCGUGUGCAAGAAAUGCGGUUGCAAAGGUCAUUUUGCCAAGGAGUGUUUUGUGCAGCCUGGAGGUACCAAAUAUAGCCUCAUCCCCGAAGAGGAGGAAGAGGAGGCGGCGGCAGCAGGAGGAUGUGAAAGAGAUAAAAAGAGCAGCGUGGCUGACAAUCCUGCAAAAAAAAGGAAGAAGAAGAAGAAGAGGAAGAAGCACAAGGAUAAGCAGUCCUCUGAGUCGGACUCGGACAGCUCGGACUCGGACAGCGAUGGGGCUCAGCCAGCCAGCAAGAGGACCAAGCACUCGGGGAAGCCCAGCAAGGCUCAGAAGAAGAAGAAGAAAAAGAAGCAUAAGAAGAAGCCGCGGGACUAA